AUUCUCUCGACUCUCCUCUCACAGACUCUCCACCGUCCUCCUCGCCUCCUUUCUCUGUUACCGCUCCUACCACUCUCCCAGUGCUCCCAACAGCAACCACCACCACCACCGCAGCAACCACACACCUCGACGCCUGGCUGAAGCUGAACGGUUCGUGCCCAGUUUCCAGGAACUUGCCGCUGCCAACCCCGCUGUCCACGCCGCUCUCGGAGGUCGUUUCACUCUCGCAGUAUGCCGCAGAUCGGAGGCGGAGGAGUCAUGUGAGAAUUUACUCAAAAAGUAGUACCCUUCUAUUUGGGUUGCUAACAACCGUGGAUUGGAUACCCAGAAGAACUGUAGAAGAUUUCAAAGUCAAAUCUCAAUUUAUGUCAGCUUGCACAUUAAUUCCAUAGCAGCCGACCUCUCUGCAUUUGCAUUGAAUUAAGGAAUCGAAGUUAUUGUGAGUGACGGAAAAGGAAAAGGAGAAGAUGGAGAUAAACUUGGGAGGACUUGCUUUCGACAUUGAUUUCCAUCCUUCGAAAGAACUCGUAACCACUGGGCUCAUAAAUGGGGACCUUCACCUCUACAGUUAUGCUGCUAAUGCCUUACCGCAGAGGCUGUUGAAAGUUCGCGCACACACCGGGUCUUGCAGAGCUGUUAGAUUCAUUGAAGGCGGAAGUGCAAUUGCAACUUGUUCUACGGACUGCUCAAUUCUGACCACAGAUGUGGAGACUAGAUCACCCAAACUUCGUCUUGAAGAUGCCCACGGUGAUGCAAUCAAUAGAUUGAUAAACUUGGACAAGACAACCAUAGCCACGGGUGACGAUGAAGGGUGUAUCAAGGUGUGGGAUACCAGGCAGCGUUCUUGCUGCAAUUCUUUUGAUGCUCAUUGCGAUUACAUUUCUGAUAUCACUUUUUAUUCUGAGGGCUCCAAAGUCAAACUCUUGGCAACUAGUGGUGAUGGGACACUUUCUGUUUGCGAUCUUCGAAAAAAUAAAGUCCAAGCUCAGUCUGAGUUCUCUGAAGAUGAGUUACUCUCCGUUGUUAUCAUGAAGAAAAAUGGUCGGCAAGAUGAUUGGAAAGUCGUUUGUGGAUCACAAACUGGAACUCUAUUACUGUAUUCAUGGGGAUGCUUCAAGGAUUGCAGUGAUCGCUUUAUUGGUCUCUCUCCGAACUCUAUUGAUGCAUUGUUAAAGCUUGACGAAGAUACAAUCAUCACUGGAUCCGAGAAUGGACUCAUCAGCCUGGUAGGCAUAUUACCCAACAGAAUCAUUCAACCGAUUGCGGAGCACUCAGAGUAUCCCGUGGAGCGCCUUGCUUUUUCAUACGAUAGAAAGUUCCUUGGCAGUAUAGCACAUGAUCAGAUGCUGAAGCUAUGGGAUUUGCAUGAUAUAUUGCAAGGUUCUGGAAAAACUGUACCAAGUCAACCUGCUAACGCAGACAGUGAUAGUGAUGAGAUGAAAAUGGAAACUAGUCUUCCAGAGAAUAAUAAAGGUACCAAGAGAAAAAGUGGAAAUGUUUUUAGCAGUUCAAGCAGUUUUUAUGCAGAUUUGUAGGUGGAUGGUGCCACAGACAUUUUCUUAUUCAUUUCAAGUUCAAUAUAUAAGAAUUUUUACGGAAGAUUUCUUUCAGAAUCCCAUUGUGGCCUUCAGUUCAGUUCGUAUCCUGAUGGCUGAGCAGUGUUUACCAAGACACUUUGGUUGAUCUUUUAUGAGAGGAUUAUGAAGUAUUUAAUUUUGGUGUAUCCUUUUCUUUUUAAGUUUGUAUGUGGGAGGAUCUGAGAGUAUUAUCUUGUGUUUUAUUAUUAUUAUUUUUAUGUUUUUCUGCUUUUUGCCUCCCACAUAAUCCUCUGAGAUAAUAUACUGGCAGAAAUUGUUCUGAGAUAAUACCAUAUUAUGUAAAAUUCUCAUUUUUGAUUCUUAA